AUGGCUAAAUAAUAAGAAAGUAAUAAAUUAAGAAGGUAAAUUAUUAAACAUCAAAACAUCGAAAAUCUUGAAUAGCUAUAAUUUUUGAACUGGGAGGGAAAUUAUGGAAAUAAUAAUCAGAAAAUAGGCAAAUGGGUUGCAUAUUGGAAAGGAGAGAAAUUGAUAGCAGGAGGAGACUAUGAUGAAUUCGAAAAUAAAAUUGGAGCAUGGGCUGAGUUAGAUCAAAAUUUUAGCGAGUUGUUUUUGUUGCUAUUAAUUUAAAUUAGCUAUUGUCUAGUUUUUCAUAUUGGAAAUUAUAAAAAUGGAAUAAAAUAAGGGGUAUGGUAAACGAUAUAAAUUCAUAGUGGAGAUGGAUUGUUUGAUGAGAAUGAAAAGAAAAAUGGGAGUUGGACUGAACUUCAUAACAAUUUUAAUAAGUGA